AUGUCUCGGAUGCUGUCACAGACGCUGGCCGCCUCCGGCGCCCCGACCCGGCCUUCCACCGUGCUGGGCGCCAUGGAGAUGGGGCGCCGCAUGGACGCAGCAGCCAGCGCUGAGGCCGUGCGCGCCUUCCUGGAGCGCGGCCACAAGGAGCUGGACACGGCCUUCGUGUACGCCGACGGCCAGUCCGAGAGCAUUCUGGGAGGACUGGGUCUCGGACUGGGCGGUGGCAACUGCAGAGUGAAAAUUGCCACCAAGGCCCAUCCAUUAGCUGGGAAGUCCCUGAAGGCUGACAGUGUCCGGUCCCAGCUGGAGACGUCGCUCAAACGAUUGCAGUGUGCCCAGGUGGACCUCUUCUAUCUACACGCACCUGACCACAGCACCCCCGUGGAAGAGACACUGCACGCCUGCCACCAGCUGCACCUGGAGGGCAAGUUUGUGGAGCUUGGCCUCUCCAACUAUGCUGCUUGGGAGGUGGCCGAGAUCUGUACUCUCUGCAAGAACCAUGGCUGGAUCCAGCCGACAGUGUACCAGGUGAGCUUCUGGAAGGAGCACCACUUCAAGGCCAUUGCCCUGGUGGAGAAGGCCCUGCAGACAGCUUAUGGCUCCAGUGCCCCCAGCAUGACCUCGGCUGCCCUGCGGUGGAUGUACCACCACUCCCAGCUCCAGGGUGCCCACAGGGAUGCUGUCAUCCUGGGCAUGUCCAGUGUGGAGCAGCUGGACCAGAACUUGGUGGCAACUGAAGAAGGAUCGUUGAAGCCUGCUGUUGUGGAUGCCUUUGACGAAGCCUGGCGCCUGGUUGCCCACGAAUGUCCUGCGUAUUUUCGUUAA